AUGGAGACCCCCGGGAGCGGCGCGGGGGCUCCGGGGGCACCGGGGGCAGCGGCUUUGGUGGCUCCGGUGGCUUCAGCGGUGGCAGCUACGGUGACACGGCUGUGUGUAGUGUCACCGGCGGUGGCUGCGGCGGCGCUGGCCGCGUCUGCGGUGACACUGGUGGCGCUGGCGGUCACACCGGUGGCUCUGGUGGCUCUGGCUGUGGCGACACCGGCGGUGCUGGCAGUGUCACCAGCGGUGUCUGCGGUGACACUGGUGGCGCUGGCCGCUGUCCGGGGUUUCCUGAGGAAGCGCCGCCCCGGAGGGGCCUCCCCGGCCGGGCAGGCGGGACCGCCCCUUCCGGUGCCCCCCGGUGCCCCCCCCCCGGUGCCCCCCCCCGGGCCGGGACCAUGUCCUCGCGCUCCGCCCUGGCGGCGGGCAACGAGCGGAACGCGGACACGCUGGGCCCGGGGGGCAGCGCCCGCCCCGACAAGCCCGGUGGGGGGGGCUGGACCGGGCGGGGGUCCGGAGCCGCCCCUCCCCCAGGCCGGGGGGGCAGGAACUCCCUGGGGGGGGGGGUCCGAGGAGCCCCCUCCCCACGUGGGCAACUACCGGCUGCUGCGCACCAUCGGCAAGGGCAACUUCGCCAAGGUCAAGCUGGCCCGGCACGUGCUGACGGGCAGAGAGGUCGCCAUCAAAAUCAUCGACAAGACCCAGCUGAACCCCACCAGCCUGCAGAAGCUUUUUCGGGAAGUUCGGAUCAUGAAGGGGCUGAAUCACCCCAAUAUCGUGAAGCUGUUUGAGGUGAUCGAGACGGAGAAGACGCUGUACCUGGUGAUGGAGUACGCCAGCGCAGGUGAGGUGUUCGAUUACCUGGUGUCCCACGGGAGGAUGAAGGAGAAGGAGGCGCGGGCCAAGUUCAGACAGAUCGUCUCGGCCGUGCACUACUGCCACCAGAAGAACAUCGUGCACAGGGACCUCAAGGCCGAGAACCUGCUGCUGGACGCCGACGCCAACAUCAAGAUCGCGGAUUUUGGCUUCAGCAACGAGUUCUCGCGCGGCUCCAAGCUGGACACGUUCUGUGGCUCGCCCCCGUACGCCGCCCCCGAGCUCUUCCAGGGCAAGAAGUACGACGGGCCCGAGGUGGACAUCUGGAGCCUGGGGGUCAUCCUGUACACGCUGGUCAGCGGCUCGCUGCCCUUCGACGGCCACAACCUCAAGGAGCUGCGGGAGCGGGUGCUGCGGGGCAAAUACCGCGUGCCCUUCUACAUGUCCACGGACUGCGAGAACAUCCUGCGCCGCUUCCUGGUGCUCAACCCCGCCAAGCGCUGCACCCUCGAGCAAAUCAUGAAGGACAAGUGGAUCAACAUUGGCUACGAGGGCGACGAGCUGACGCCCUACACGGAGCCCCAGGAGGACUUUGGGGACACCAAACGCAUCGAGGUGAUGGUGGGCAUGGGCUACACCAGGGAGGAGAUCAAGGAGGCGCUGAGCACCCACAAGUACAACGAGGUGACGGCCACGUACCUGCUGCUGGGCCGGCGGGGAGAGCCCGAGGGUGGCACCUCGCUGUCCCUGUCCCUGUCCCGGCCCCGGGGCUCGGCCGAGGCUCCCAACGGUGCCACCAAGUCGGGGACAUCGGGGACAUCGUCGGGGACAUCCCACGGCAAGGGACAGCGUGGGGGCGGCCACCACCGGCAGCGGCGGCACAGCGACUUCUGUGGCCCCGCCCCCUCGGCCGCCCCUCCCCCCCGCCGCAGCCCCCCCUCGGCCGCCCCUCCCCCCUCCUCGGAGCUGGGCGUGGCCGGGGGCGUGGCCCCGCCCCCCAGGAGGGGCUCCGGAGGAGGAGGAGGAGGAGGGGGGAGGGGCGGGGGAGGUGGGGGAGGGGCCGGGCCGCCCCUCCCCCCUCCCUGCAGCCCCUUGGUCAGCAGCGCCCACAACCCCAACAAGGCCGAGAUCCCCGAGAGGUCACACCUGGACGGACAGCCCCACGUGCCCCCCAGCGUGAUGGGCCGCAGGAACACCUACGUGUGCUCGGGGGGGGAGCGGCACCUGCUGCUGCCCAACGGCAAGGACAGCCUCCCCUCCCGCCCCCCGCCCUCCCCCUCCAGCCACUCCCUGGGCGGGGCUCACCUGGGCGGGGCUCACCUGGCGCACCUGGCCCGGGGCUGCUCCGCCCGCAGCACCUUCCACGGAGGGGGCGGGGCCGGAACCGGAACCGGGAGCCGCCGGGGGGGCGGGGCCUCGGGAGCUCCUCCCCCCGCCUCGCCCCCUCCCCCCCCCAGCGCCGCCUCCUCCCCCCGGCCCCGCCCGACGGCGACACUGCUGAGCAAGAUCACCUCGAAACUGAGCCGCAGGGUGUCCCUUGACCCCUCCCGCCGGCAGAGCUCCAAUCGCUGCGUCUCGGCCACGCCCGGCCCUGGAGCCACCAAAAUCCGGUCGCAGACGAACCUGCGGGAAUCGGGGGACCUGCGCUCACAAGUUGCCAUCUACCUGGGGAUCAAGCGGAAGCCGCCCCCCGGCUGCUCCGAGGGGGCGGGGCUGUGAUGGAUGGGGGGG